UUGGCGGGCCCGACGCUCCAGUCACAAGCUCUGACCGUGGAUUUUCGCAUCCUGUCAAGAAAGGAAUAUUGCACAGAGCAGCAACCAGUCAACUUCCAUCUUGCCCUGAUGACUCGCACUGACAUCUUGAACGCUGCCUGCAGGGGUUUUACAGGAACCAAGUCUUCAACCUAUCUGGAAGCAGGAUAAUUGGCUUGUAGUAUCGACAAUUCGCUAACCCUGAAAAUUCAUUGAAUAUUGAUAUUCAAUCACUGUCAGGCCUAAUACAUAUGACUUAUUUUACAUUAGAUUUAAAACCGAGUUCAAUGCGCGAGAGGAAAGUUAUACAGCUUCUCCCAUUCCUUAGCCUACCACACAUUCCUUUACAACCCAACUUCUACCAUCCUUGAAAACCUUCAAUGAUCCUAUCUCUUUUUUCUUUCGGGACUAUACUUAGCUGCGUUUAUUCUGUAAAUGCUCUAGGGACGUCUUGCUCGGCCCCUUUAGGUCCUGGUCUCGCUGCUCCCGGAGAACCAUUUUGGUUGGAGACCAUCAAGGAUCAAGGAGUCUCCGUGUAUCAUCCCAAUGCGAGUGACUACCCCGUUUUUCGCAACGUCAAAGAUUACGGUGCGAAAGGCGACGGCAUAACAGAUGAUACCGACGCGAUUAACAACGCUAUUUCGUUUGGAGGGCGAUGCGCAGGCGGAGCUCAAAUAUGUAACUCCUCAACGUGAAGUCCUGAUAAAGCGCAUCUACGACAAUCUAUUGACAAAUUUUCGCAGAGUAUCUCCGGCACUUGUAUACUUUCCAAAAGGAAAUUAUGUUGUCUCGACCCCCUUGAAUACAUACUACUAUACCCAACUUGUUGGAGAUGCAAGGCAGCUGCCUACCUUAGUUGCAUCCGAAAACUUCACCGGACUCGCUGUCAUAGAUGCUGACCCUUAUAUUCCUGGAGGGAAUGGCGCGCAGUGGUUCGUCAAUCAAAACAACUUCUUUCGUUCCGUGCGAAACUUCGAAAUAGACCUCAGACAAGUACCCGCUACAAACGAGGCGGGCACUGGGAUUCAUUGGCAGGUAUCCCAGGCCACGAGUCUAACAAAUAUUGUCUUCCAUAUGUCUACGGCCAAUGAUACAGCUCAUCGAGGGAUCUGGAUGGAAAACGGCAGUGGAGGCUAUAUGGGAGAUCUGGUCUUCAACGGAGGAAAGUUCGGAAUACAUGGCGGCAAUCAACAAUUCACUGUACGAAACACGACAUUCAACAAUGUCCAGGCUGGUGUUUCGGCUUUGUGGAACUGGGGAUGGACCUUCCAACGCGUCACCAUGAACAAUUGCCAAAUCGGAUUCAGUAUCUUGACUGGCGGUACAACGGCAGAAACGCAGUCCGUCGGCGCAGAAGCAAUCAUUGACGCUACGGUCAUCAACACUCCCAUCUUCAUCCAGACUUCAAAACCCAGCAACGGCUCCCUUUCAGGGUCCCUUGUUCUCAAUAACAUCAAGCUCGAUAACGUCCCAACGGCGGUGGGAGUGUUGAACGGCUCGGUGGUAUUACCGGGAGGCACGACUACUAUAGAGUCUUGGGGUCAAGGCAACGUCUACUCUGGCGCCGACGGCACACCUAGAUUCGUUCAAGGGCCCAUACCUGCUCCUGACAAGCCUUCCGUUCUUCUCGACGACUCGGGACAUAUUUUCGGUAAAACUCGUCCUCAAUACGAGUCCUACGCCCUUUCUCAAAUUAUAAGUGUCAAGGACCACGGGGCUAUGGGAGAUGGAAGAACGGAUGACACCGCCGCUUUACAAGCCAUAUUCGACGAGUUUGCCGGAUGCAAGAUCUUCUUUUUUGACGCUGGAACUUACAUUGUCAAGUCUACUCUAACCAUACCGGCGGAUAGUCGCAUCGUCGGAGAAGCAUGGACCACUAUCGCUGGUCGGGGCCUCAAAUUCCAAGACAUAGACAAUCCACAGCCUGUUAUUCGAGUAGGGGAGCCAGAUUGUCAAGGUAUCGUGGAGAUUUCGGAUAUGAUAUUCACAGCUAUUGGACCAGCUCCUGGAGCCAUCAUUAUGGAAUGGAACGUUGCUCAACCGUCAGGAGUCAACGGUGGUACGGGCAUGUGGGACUCCCACGUCAAAAUUGGAGGAUCGGACGGAACAAACCUUCAGCUCAAUUGUCCAACACGCGGUGCAGGAGCCUUCAUUGAUAACUGCUUCGGAGCAUUCCUUGGAUUACAUCUGAAACCUUCCUCUACUCCCUAUCUCGAGGGGACUUGGGUUUGGGUCGCAGACCACAAUCUUGACGGUGAUGGCUCGACGCAAAUUUCAAUCUAUGGGGGACGCGGAAUUCUGUCGGAAUCCCAGGGGCCGGCAUGGAUGAUUGGAACUGGUGCGUCCUCUUCGUACUGGUGAAAUGUUGACCGGCAAUUGAUGAAACUGGUGCAGGAUCUGAGCAUUUCACGCUGUA